UUAAUUCAUUCAUCUAAACCCAUUUCUAUCCUUAUCAUAUAGUCUCCAUUAAAAAAAAAAAAAAAAAGAAAGAAAAAAGAAAAGGAAAUAAAAAAAAAGAAACAAAAAUUAAUGAUAUUGAAUUAUUUAAUCGGCAACUUAAACAUAAUAUUCAAAUAUAAUUAGUUUAUUUUUUUCGACGUAUUCUUAAAGAAAAGAAAAAAUGUUGCAUUAUUUUGUAAGAAAAUCCUUUGAAAUUUGAAAAGUUACACGACAUAUUUUUAUGAUAUACGAUAACUCCGAAAUGGAUUUGAUUUGAUAAUAAGAAUUGUUGCUCGAUGUCAUACGUAAAUGAGAGAAAGAGACAGAGAUAAAGAAAGAAAGAUAGAGACAGAUAUAAAGAUAAAGAUAAAGAUAGAAAUAAAGUUAGAGAUAGAAAGAUAGAGAAAGAGAGAGAGAGAGAGAGAGAGAGAGAGAGAGAGAGACAGAGAAAGAAAUAGACAGAGACAAUAAUUACGAGCUUGCGCAGAAGAUAUUUGCAAAGGAGAGGGUAGGAUGAGUGGCCGGCGUAGGGGAUAUGCAAGGGGAAGGGAUAUAGGGAAGAGUGGCUAAGGAGAAAUAAAGCGCAGCGAGCUACGUCGUCCGCGUUGAAUGUAACCGUGGAUGUUGCAUGGAAAUUCGUGUUAUCUCUUCCUUUCGAAAGGUGCGAUUUUAACUUCGUCUUGUGAGCAAAAAGUUUUCCUUUCUUACUUUUAUAUAUAUAUAUACAUAUAAACACACACACAUAUAUAUAUAUAUAUAUAUAUAUAUAUAUCCCUUUCUCUUUCUCCCUCUUUCUCUAUCCUUCCUUCAUAAAAAUCCAAUCCCUUCAUUUUCAACGUCGUUCACGUUACAACCCUUUUUAUAUUUCUCUUAUCUUUUUAUCUUUCGGUGUUUGGUGAAUUUGUCUCUUCUUCACAACAAGUGUGUCACAAAGUGAAUGAGAAAAAAAACAAAAAAAAAAAAAAAAACAAAAAGAAAAAAGAACAGUGAUUCAUUUAUACUCGUGCGCAUCGAGAAAAGAUAAAUCUCGAAUCUAUCUCAUCUUUGAUCUCUUCCUAGUUUUUGUUUCUUUUUUUUUUCCCCCCAUUGUGUCUCUCAUCACUUUGGCUUGAUAGUUUGAACGUUGUCUUUGAGGAGAUACAAGAACUACGUCCCACAUCGUCGCUGACUUUUCUGGAUAUGACGAGGCAUGCGCCGUAAACAAUUCUGGGAUUGAUGUAUCACAGGGCGCAGAUCUCGAUUUACUUUGUACUGUGUACAGCGACGGUGAGCCUAGCGCUUUCCACGAAUCAAGAUAAAAAUACAGCCGAGAACAUACAAUGCCCUCCAGAAUGCAUCUGUCUUUCCCAGAAGGUGAUUUGCAAUACGGGAGGGCUAGAGGAUAUACCGACCCAACAUUUACCAGAAGGAGUAGAGGAAUUGUCUCUAACGAAAAAUAAUUUUCCUAUAAUAAAGACCGAUGCUUUCGCCGGUCUACGUGUACUGAAAAAACUCUCAUUGGAUGGUAACAAUAUUUCGUCUAUAAGACCAUUUGCCUUUCGUGGAUUGAACAAAUUACGAGAGCUUUCGAUUCAGGACACACCUUUGUCCUAUAUCGAAAAAUUUUCUUUCGCCGCCCUUCAGAACGUUUCCGUUCUAUUACUGGCGAAUAACAAGAUCCGUUACGUCGAGGGUUACGCAUUUGCCGGUACCUCAAAUAUUCGUGCUAUACUUUUAAGCAACAAUCCAUUAUUAAGUUUACAUAGUCAUGCUUUUACCGGUUUGACAAACGUCAUCAGACUUAUUUUACCAUCGGGUAUUCGUAACAUCGAACCAGAUGCUUUCGAUGGAUUACAUACGGUUGGUCUAUUGAAGCUCACCUUCAUGGAUCUUUCUAGUUUGAAAUCCUACACAUUUCGUGGCCUAAGCCACGUGAACUCUUUAAACAUUCAAGAAAGCGAUUUAGGUGUCAUUCAAAAAGACGCAUUCACUGGUUUGAUUUAUGUUGAUCAUCUUAACAUUCUCAACAACAAGAUUGACCUAAUUGAAAGAUUUCAUUUGAGAGACGAAAAUACUGUGAACAUCCUUAGGUUUCACGGUAAUCACGUACUCGAGGCUCCUCGUCAUGCAAAGGACAUAGUUCUAGAAGUGAAUUCGAUCAGUGCGAUCGACAAUCACUUCCCUUGUGACUGUCAAGCUCAUAAUAUUCUCGAGAGCGACUUCGUUAACGGUAGCGCUAUUGAAUUUCAACGUAAAAAUUAUUGUAUAUCGCCGAUCGAAUACAACAAUAAACCAAUGAAUUUGAUCGACUUUGAGCUUAUCGCCAAUUGUUACGACAAUGUCGUACAGGACAAUCUUGGCUCGGGUGUGGUCAUUGCAAUGUCCUCGUCGCCUAUGAUAUUGUUAAUCGUUAUUUUUCUUUUCAAAAGUUUCUUAUUACCUUGAGAACAAUUUUCUAUACUUUGAGAAUAAUUUAUCGGUGAAUAUAUUUCGACGUCCUUUUGGAUCAUUUUCGAACGAAGAAAAUGAUCGAUUAUUAAUCGCUCUUUGAUUUUCCAAAGACUGGAACACGAUUUAUUGAUCCGCUUAAUUUAUAUAUUGGAUCUCCAAAAGAAAAAGAAAAAGAAAAAAAAAGUAAAAAGAAAAAGAAAAAGGGAAAAGAAAAUAUUAGAUAAUGUAAAAUCGUACUUUCAUUCCUAAUCCAUUUUCACUCACUAGUCCUGAUUGAAAUAGACCGAAUUAAAUAGGUUAUCUUACGUUUGUAUAAUCUUUCAAUUUAACGAUCAUAUUCUCUUUGCUACUUGUUCUUCCAUAUUUUUUUCUACGAGUUUCUUACAGUUUUUGAAUUUUUCAAGUUAAAUUAUUAUGAAAUAAUGAUGAUGAUGAUAAUGAUGAUGAUGAUGAUAAUGAUGGUGGUGGUGGUAAUAAUGAUGAUGAUGAUGAUUAUGAUGAUGAUUAUAAUGAUAAUAAACUUUCCAGUGAUUCGAAAAAUCGUUAAUACGAAAUUUAACUCGAAACAUUGGAUCGUUUAAAUUGUUUAAGAAUGUUUUGAGAAUUAUUUAAGAAUUGUUUUAGAAUGAAAAUUAUAUAAGAGAAUGAUCAUCCAUCAUGAUCGAUUUCGUUCGUAAGUUAAACGCACGAUCGAUCUAUAUAGUUAGCUUGAUACUUUUAUACUGCUAGUACUUCUAAAUAUCAUAAAACGCCUAAUUGCACAGCAAAAUGACACAAUUUCGACAAUUCUAAUCAUUCAAUUCGACGCUAUAAAUGGGAUACGAUGGUAUCGUUGUUAAAAUGUCGAUAAGAACAUAUCAAACGGCGAAAGAAAAAUAUUAAUUAAUAUUGUUAGCAAAGCUUAUAUUAUGUCCAAUUUGGGCGACCUUGUUUCGCGUGUUCAUUUCAAAUUUGUUGAAAAGUUUCAAGCAUUAAAAAAAGAAAAGAUAAAAAAAAAAAGAAGAAAAAAAAAGAGAGAAAGCAUUAUAAAAGGAAAAAAAGUUGUUUAUGUAAUUUAAGUAAAAACGAAAAUAAGAAAGUACGAUAUUUAUACGAGAUUUAAUUAUUGUUAAAUGUUAAAUUUGUCGUUCGUUAUGUCUAUUGUUAAUUUUUAUAUCGACAUUUGUUAUUAUAACCUCCAAUAUACAUUUAUAUUAAUUAGCUCUUGUAAAUCAAAGCCGUAUCUCUAUCGAAUCUAAUAUUCUUUGCCUUUUCGACUUAGACCUUUUAUAUCUGCCUAAAUCUAUUAUACAUAUCAUAUGAUUAAUCAUAUUAUAAGUAAAAUAUUCCUGAAAACGCUUAGAUAGACACUUAUAUUUUUUUAAUUCGUUAUCAUUACAUUUAUGUAUAUUUUUAAGGUUAGGAACAAAUAAUUCCCCCUCCUCCCUCUCCCCACCCUCGAAUAAACUUGCCACCAUCGAUUGUUCUUUUAUCAUGUGCCAAUUCUUCGUCGCUAUUUUAGAAAACAAUUUACUCUCACGACUGUCACGUGAUAAAUUAUAGCGUCUCUAACGAAAGUAUUCGAACGAUUCCGUGCCCGAAUUAUCUUCAGAUUGAUGAAUACAAUGUAUAAUAUAUAUAUAUAUAUAUACACAUACAUAUAUAUAUUGGAAAUUAUUACGUUCAAAUUAAUCCGAUAUUAGCGAUUAUAUUUCAAUAUUAUGUAGAUUAAAUUUCAAUAAAAAUCGACAACGUAUAUUUAAUUAAUAUUCUGUUUUUUCAAACUAUGUAUAUGUAUUUACAUACUGUAUGUAUUUACUUGUACAACCUACGAAAUGUAUAUGUAUGAACAUAUAUACAUACGCUUCGUUCAGUCUUUUAGAUUAUCGUUUAUCGAAAUAUACUUUUAUCGAUAAGAAUAAUGUUUUGUUCUUAUUUUUAAUAUUGGAUUAAAAUUUUCUAAAAGAAAAACAAGAAUAACUUAUAAGAUAAGAAUAAUUACCUAAUUUUCCUUAUAAAAUGAUCCCGACUCCUCGUGCGUUUGUCUCGACGAACUGCAUACUGGUUCUCUUUGCAUGUUCAAAUUCUUCCUGCUUUUCUAUUGGCUUAAAUUAAAUGCGACAUAAAAUAUUAAUUUUGAAUAUUUAAUAAUUUAUAAUAUUUAAUAAUGAUACAAAAAAGUAUAAGUUCUCUUAUUUAUAUUUUAUAAUCUUAUAAUAUUGUCUAUAUAAUCUUUUUAUCGUUUAUAUAAAUAUCAUUAUGAAAUUAUUAUAACCAGAAUUUCGUUUACUUAUUCGCGCGAAAAAUCAAAUGAACAAAGUACAUAUAAUUGAAAGGUUAUGUAAUUAUAAAAUUCGAAUGUUUUUUAUUUUUAUAUAUUUAUAUACAUAUAUAUAUAUAUUUUUUUUUUUAUAGAUAGAUAAUAAACUAUAACAGAUAAUAAUAGAUUAUCUUCCGUCCUUUGUUAUUUGAUUUUACAUUAUUUUAUGUAAAUCUUUUUUAAUUAAUAAAUAAGGCUGUUCCGUUACAGACUCUAAUAUUUUUGCUAUUGUUGAUUCUGUCAAAUUUUGAUAUGCUUCUUCUGCUACAAAAAAAAAAAAAAGAAAACAAAGAGGAUUAUACCCAAUAAUAUAAUAAAAUAAAUUGAUACUUUUGAAAAAGAAAAUCAAUUAAAUCAAAUAAUUACUUUUAACAAAUAUGUGUCCAAAGAAUUCGCACGCAGCUGAAUUAAACAAAGUUGUAUUUUUUACAUCAAAGUGUGACUUUCUUGCCCAAACGUAUGCCCGUACAUCAUCAUACACUUCUUUUGAAUUUAUAGUUUUUGCUCUUGUAACAUAUACAUUAUGUGCUAUCUGAUUCUUUUGUAGGUAAUUUACUAAUGAAAAUAUUGAAGAUACAAAAGUUUCUAUUUUCUUUGAAGAUGAUAAUUUAAAGCAAAAUCCUUUGCUAGGAAAAUUUUCUAAGAGGAACAAAGAACCUUGAUAUGGUUGUACGUCCUAAAACAAAUUUAAUUUUUAAAAUAAUUACAAUUGAUUUUUCUUUUUGAAAUAUAUUAUAUGUAUGAAUUAUUUACGAUAUAUUCAAGAACCAUGUUGUGCUUGAGGUAAUAUAAAUGCCAAUGUAAGUGAUUGACAGAAGCAAAAGCACAUAAACUAUUAAAUGCAAUCCUAAAGUACCUAAAAUAUCAAAGAAUGUUUUUAACUUAUAUUCACAUAUAAUAAAUUCGCAUAUAUAAUUUGAUGAAAUAUUUACGGUGAGCUGCUCAACAACAAUAUCUCAAUAGCUUUUUGAAGACUAUACCACGUAAUGCUCUGCGGAAGACAUUGCAAAUAUUUUAUAAUUAGUAAAGAAUGACACCAUUCAGUAGGGCUAACAUUAACUGCUAUGAUAUCACUAUCAUCUUCAUUUUCUAUCUUAAACAUUAUUUCACUUUUUGAUAAUUUAGUAAAGUUAAAUCUUGUUGGAUCAAAUGGCUGUAACAUUGUCGUAAUAUGUUCUGGUGCUCGUCUUUUAAAUGCUCUAUCAGGAUUAAGCUAAAAAAUUUAGAUACAUAUUUUACUAUGUACUAUAAAUAAAAUAUAUAGGUAAUGAGUCCUCUGAAAUAAAAUUAUAUAUACCUG